AUGCUUGAGACAUCAACAACUCUGGACCACUCCCAUCACAUCCAAUUCGAUAGUCAAGCCUCAACGUACUAUCCAUCGCAACUCCCAUCUACGUACGAUGAGGGCUCUCCUGAGAGCCUCCGAAAGGCCUCACCGGUGAAUUUCCUCCGCAAUUUUCCGCCAUCUAAGCGACUAAUUGACCUUGAAACGGGAGCCCUGCAUGCUCUCGAUGCUACAAGUGGUUUUGACAGCGUCAAAGGUGAUUACUACAGCAAUGCGGAGGGAUAUGAUGCAAAUUCCAGGGCACAAUUCCUGCGAAAUCCACCUUCAGACUAUUAUUCAAUGGAAACAGUAUUUUCAGUACCUUCAUCUCAUCCAUCUCAAAUGACCUCUAUAACGUUCCCAAAGGAGGAUGAAGCGCAAGGGGAACUUUCUGGCGAUAGUGGGAGAGGGUAUGACUACACCUCACCACAUUCCAACGCCCAAUUGAGACAGCCACAGUCAUUGAUGUCCCAAAUGCGUUCAGAACCUGGGUACUCCAGUUUAGAGGAAAGCUUCGCGAAAGUCUCCGCGCCACCACAUGCGACAAUUCCAUCGCAGCAUCCUCCUUCGACCAUACCAUCCACGAAUAAUGCUAACAACAAUGGUGGUAAAGCCGUGGUAUCCAGACUUCAGGGUAGCAAUGCUGGUACGACAGCGAUAAUCUAUCCGUGGAUGAAAAGGGUGCACUCCAAAGACUUGAUGAAGUUGCCUGUUGUCGAGGCAGCUGUCUUCUCAAUCUGA